GUAGUUUUGGCGCGUGUUCGCCGCAUAUCGCCUUGAUUUUGAACCUGACUGCAGACUGCAGUAGUCGAUUGUUUGGUGAAUCCUCUUUUCAGCUUUAUUAACACCCGUCGUGCACUUUCAACAUGCACAUCUACUUCUGUGGCAGCAUCCGGGGAGGCAGAGAUGACGUGGCGUUAUAUCAGAAGAUUGUCAAGAAAUGCCAGCAGUACGGUACCGUUCUAACGGAGCACGUGAGUCAUGGACACCUCACUGAAAAAGGUGAGGACGCAUCACUUGCAGGAGACAAAGCGAUCCACGACCGAGACAUGACGUGGCUCACAACGGCUGAUGUCGUCGUGGCGGAGGUGACGCAGCCCUCUCUGGGGGUGGGCUAUGAGCUGGGUCGAGCGCUGGACAUGAGGAAGAAGAUCUUCUGCCUCUUCAGACCGUCCUCAGGCCGAGUGCUGUCGGCCAUGAUCCGUGGGGCGCACGACGGUUCCCUGUUCCACGUCAGGGACUACACGGAGGACGAGGUGGAACGCGUUCUAGAGGAGUUGUUCAGCGGCCUGGCCAAGAACUGAGUGGAUGCAAUGCUCUCCUUUGACCAGUAGAUGGAGCUGAUGGACACUGAAAUUGCUUCAGAUGGCUUGUAUAGUUUUACAGCCUCUUGGCUGGCAACACACACACACACACACACACACACACACACACACACACACACACACACACACACACACACACACACACACACACACACACACACACACACACACACAGUUUUACAUACAAUUGGUUGUCACAUUUACCAUAUAUGUCAUUUUAACAUAUGCAGCGGCACGUGUGUGUUGGACGGCCCAUAGUGACCCUGGUUUCAGUAAACUUUGAUAAUGAACGAUUUAUACUCCGUAGACUUUGAUAAUAAAAGAUUUCAGUUUAUUGG